AAGCGCUCCCGCACCGCCUACACGCGGCAGCAAGUUCUGGAAUUGGAGAAGGAAUUUCACUACAACCGCUACCUGACCCGGCGCCGCAGGAUCGAGAUCGCGCACUCGCUCUGCCUCUCGGAGCGCCAGAUCAAAAUCUGGUUCCAAAACCGCCGAAUGAAGUGGAAAAAAGAUCAUCGGCUGCCCAACACCAAAAGCCGCGCGGCUCCCGGGAACACCGGGAACACCGGGAAUACCGGGAACAACACCGGGAACAACACCGGGACCGCUCCCGAAGAGCCGCCCCCGCCCCCCGCGCCCGAGGACAUCACCAGGUUAUGAACCCAAAAAAAACCCGCACCGAAUUGGGGUGAAAUCGCU